AUCGUUUAAAAAUUGCUAAACUAUGAUUUUCAAUUACUUUAAGUUAACGUGCUUAACUUUUGUCGUUGUCGUUGUCUUUGCGCAUCUGGUUGCCGGUAAAGGACAAAUCGUUAAUAUCAAUCAUGCGUUGGUAAACGAUGUCCUACAUUUCACAUAUGGCCUCGAAGAAUGGCUGGACACUAGCCAGCAGCCUUGUGAGAAUUUUUAUGACUUUGUCUGUGCACGCAGCGCGAACAGUUCAGAGGCUCAGCUGGAUAAACGUCAUCAACAGGAGCAAUUGAAAUUCGAUCAAUUCCUGCAGGCAGACGACAACACAGACCAACUUAUGGAUGCCGAGUUAAAGCUAAAGUACUUUUACCAAUCAUGUCAGAAUGCACGCAGCGCAGAGCAUUUGAAAUCUUCGCUCAUGUAUCGCCUAGCCGGAGGCUGGCCAGCGAUUGACAUUGAAAAUGCAGGAACAGUGCGUAAAAGGCGCAACAUGACUUGGCUGCAAGUGUUGGGUGUUUUUCACGAAGCCGGUGUACCGUACUUCUUCAAAACGAAAAUCGAAUUAAUUUCUAAUAGACGUGUAGUGCAAAUUCAACCCGACGAUAGUAUGCGAUUCAGUUUAAGAAAAUUUGAACAAAUGGCUGGUGAGGUAAUGCAAAGCUAUGACGUAGAGGCGGGACGGGCCCGUUUAAUCGCCUUAGAGGUUUUAUCCUUCGAGCGGGCGUCGCGUGACGUCAUGAAAUUGACAACCGAUACUGCUCGCGAAAAGAAAGAUAAAGAUAAAGUACAAGAGUACUUUUAUGAAGAUUUUAAAAGUUCGGCUUUCGGUCCCCAAUUGCAGCUCGAUUGGGAUACAUAUUUUCGUAAAGUAAUGGGUAAACCAUUGAAAUCGUCAGAUUUAGUUUUCGUUGGCGAUGUACCAAAAUUGAAGGAAUACUUUGGUUUGCUGCAAAAUACUACAAUAACGAGAUUUUUAAAUUGGCUAUGGAUUGAUUACCUAAUGGACAAAACCGUUGAAGAUUGCCAGCAAUUAUCGCAAAAUUAUUUCGCUCCUCUUUAUCAACAUAUUGUGGAACGUUCCGCUUUGAAUAAAGUACAAAUGGCUCAAAUGUACAACGAAUUGGGUCAAGUGUACGAGCAAUUACUCUUGCAUACGCCCUGGAUCGACGAAAUCACUCAAGAGUUUUCCCGCCUAUUUUUGGGGCGUAUUAUGCACUUGACUUUGAACGGUGACGCAAAAUUAGACGACGACCACGAUUGCUUAUCUAUAACGUCGCGUAACUUUUAUCGCAAUUUGGAGAAAGCUCAACGAUUUUUGGCGCAGAAAUCUAAGCAACAACAAAGUUUUGGGGACGGCAAGAAAUACUCAAGCACCCCAACCACUAGAUCUAGAGUAACGCAAAGUUCUGAAGAGUUUAUGAAAAUCUUUCUCAUUACCAAUGGAUUACUGAAGCCAAAUCAAAAUCUUAGCACGCCACUGAAUUAUUUACUGGUCGGCGAACAAUUCUCCGAGAUGAUGAUCGGUGGCGGUAGUCUAUCAACUCCGGGAGCUUGGCGUAGCAUGGAUUCGGAACCGCAAUUUGCGAAAUUCGAUAAAUGCUUAACGAGACAACAACAGCAACGCAACAGACAACUGCAAUUACAAAAGCAACCAGUUUCGGUUAAUCAAACACGAAAUUUCAAUUUGAAUGACUUGAUUUUAAAGACAUUAGCUCAACAGCAAACCUGGCAGGCAUAUGACCAUUGGUUACGUCGGGAGGGCUUCUUGUCGGCACAUUUGGAUUCUCUUUUGCAGGCUGGUCGCUUAAAGAUGUCGAUGCGUAAACUUUAUUUUGUAGUUUCCACGCUGGUCGACUGCCAACGCCAUCCCCAACCCACGAGGCGCGAACUAAUACACUCUUAUCUAAGAAAUUCUUUCGAAUUCGCGCAGACAUUCAAAUGUCAGCGCCUCGAUCCAUUAAAUGCCAUAAAUAAAUGUAAAAUAUUGUAAACGAAGAAAAUUAAAAAAAAAA